AUGCCAGACCAAGCGCGGUCGCAGAUCAUCAAGAACAAUCCUAUUGGGAACGGCCUUGAUGCCUUCCGCACUUCAUUCGGUCCGAUCUGCGAAGAUGCGAGCGUCCCCUGCAGUCCUGACUCGCUAGAUCGGCUCGGCCAAGAAGAUCUCCAGAAUCUUGUUCUCGACCUGCUCUUCGCUUUACGAAACCUCUCCGCGGUUCGCUUCCUGCGAUCGAAGGCUGGCCAUGGAACCCUUCGUAACGAUCUCCUCAAACUUAACUCGGCUGUCAGCUCUGACGGCUUCGAUCUCGACCGGGUCAAACCUCUCCUAAAAGCAGCCAUCGCCGAUGACCCAGAUGACACCGUUAUCCGGGACCAAGUCUACCGCGCCGUCACCGAAUCCACUCCGCCGCCUCGACCGACAGCAUUUCCCGUCCAACAAACCCCUUGGCUGCACAGCACGAGCAGCUUCGCGAACUCCUCCGAAUACCGCCAAGAUGUGGACAGGCCAAAAGAUGCAAACCAGGACGACGUCUUGAUUUGGUUUGCGGACUUGUGUGAGAAGCUAGCAGCAUUCGCAGAACACCACUCUUCAAGCCCUUCAUGUCGACGAAGGCCACUGGCACAACCCAACAAGCCAAUCCAUGGUUCCACAGGGGACCGCAAAUUGGACGUCGGUUUCGUGAACGAUACCAAAGCCGACAAGGAUUCUCGAUGCCAUUGGCGGCAGAUCCUCGUCCCUGGCGAGCUGAAAAGCAAUCCAUUGGCUGACAAAGCGUCCAAGGCAUGGCUUGAUCUUGGGACGUACGCCAGAGAGGUUCUUGCUGCUCAAGACACCCGUCGGUUCGUUUUAGGCUUCACCAUCUGCGGAUCUCUCAUGAGGAUAUGGGAGUUUGACCGGCUGGGGGGAGUUGCAUCCGAACAGUUCGACAUUAACAAAGAUGGAUUGCAGUUUGUGUCCACGGUUCUUGGCUUUCUCUGGAUGAACGAGGAGGAGCUUGGGUUCGAUCCGACAAUCAUGACGGCAAACAACGAACGAUUUAUCGAGAUCGAGCGGGAAGGCGCGACUGAACGCCUCGUUAUCGACCGGGUGAUGCAACGAGCACGUUGCAUAGCUGGUCGGGCGACGACUUGCUGGAAAGCCCACCGCGAAGGACAUCCACUGUCACCGCUUGUCAUCAAAGAUUCGUGGCAAUAUGCGGAAUGCGAUGAGGAAGGCGAACUGUUACGCGAAGUGACCGGCAAAGGCGUCGUCAAUAUGGCCCGAUACUAUCACCACGAGACUGUCCAAGUUCACGGUACGGAUGACGAUAUUCGAAGCAAUGUUCGAGGAGGACUGGAUGUUACAAGAGCUACGAAUUACCGGCCGGAACGCUCGAUGCCUCCACCGAGUACCACCAUAUCUGGUGCUUCGCGGACAGGCCGCAGCAACAGCAUCGCUGGCAAGAAGCGCUCUUCGAGCCAAACUGGCGCUGUUCUACCCCCCAACAAGCGAUCCUGUUCGACAUCUCCAACGAGGGCUAGCAGCAACGCCACGUCAAACCGGGUGCAUCGACGUGUUAUUCUUCGAGACUACGGGGAACCCAUCUAUAACGCGAGCUCCCGAUCGGCUCUCCUUGCCGCACUAGAGGGAUGCAUUGAAGGACACGAAUCCCUGCGCAAAGCCGGCUUCCUUCACAGAGACAUCUCCAUCAAUAAUCUCAUGAUCAACGAGGACGACGACAACAUCUCAUGGCGUUCAUUCUUGAUCGACCUAGACCUCGCCGUGAGAGAACAACGUCAAAGCGCCUCCGGAGCGAAGGGCAAGACCGGCACGAGAGCAUUCAUGGCAAUAGGGACCCUUUUAGGCGAGCAGCAUUCCUUCAUGCACGAUCUUGAGUCGUUCUUUUGGGUCCUCUUCUGGAUAUGCAUCCACUAUAAUCCAGAUGCGAACAAUCCCCGGAGCAGAAGCAAGGAUUUGGCGGCCGACCCCGACGAGAACCCCAUUUCGUCUCCCCUUAGCAGGGUUGUUCCUGAGUUUGACCAGUGGAAUUAUAUCAGCAUGGAAGUAUUGGCAAAUGAGAAGAAGGGACGCGUGUCCCAUGAGGGCGACUUCAUCAGGUUCGCAGAAGAGAAUUUCACGCCAUACUACCAACCGUUAAUACCUUGGGUCAACAGGUUACGGAAAGUGGUAUUUCCUAGUGGUGGGAGGUGGGAAAAAGAGGACGCAGGAUUGUAUGUUAGGAUGAAGGAGAUCCUUGGAGCAGCCCAGAAGGACCCCAAAGUGUUGGCGGCAGACGGCCUCGCGAGUUAGAGAAAGCUUUAAACUUCCGCCCCCAGAUCCCUUUCUCCUGCAUCUUACCUCGCGAC